CUAAAUUUUUUUUUUUAAAAAGGUCAAGAAGCCCACAAUUCCCACUUCCCCCACUAACCUUAUUCUCGUUUUCUUAACCUAAUCAACCGCCCCUUUACCAUACUCUUUCUCUCUCUCUCUCUCUCUCUCUCUCCCUCUCCUCUCUCUUUCUCUUUCACUCUCCAAACCUCUCAUUCUCGGGCCUUCUCACUAACUCUCUGCCCCUCUCUCUCAUUCUCCAUCCUUCUUUCUCUCACGCCCUGACCUUCUUUCUCCCUCUCUCUCACUUUCAGUCAUUUUUCUCUAGCCCUUUUCUCACCACCGACCCUCAUUUAUUUUUUAUUUUUUUUAUGUGUUGCUGGGUGUUUUUUGGUAUUUGUUUUCCGUUUCGGGUAGAUUUUGCAGGUGGGUGGUGGUGGGCAGUGCGACAAGGUUGUGCGGUGGGGCUCGGGGUAUUGUGCGACUAUUUAUCUUGCUACCUGUAGAUGCACAAACACACGAAUUUCCCCCAACAACUACAGAGUGCUUGCAGGGAUGUACAUUUUGUACUAGAAGCAAAAAUGCCCGAGCCUUCAUCGGCAGAGCUCCUCUACUUCUAUAGUUUCCGCAGCACUCCUCAGAAGAAGAGCUCCAAACAAGACGGGUACUAUGCCUGGGUGAAAUACGCAGCCUUUUCGCUCGACUACAAGACUCUUCACCAUAACGAGAAUCAUUCUCGGGAUUACAAGGAUGCCUUCUUCUUCACGAACGGCUUCCCGACUCUCAGUAAUCCAACCCUGAUUCUCGACUUCGCCCAAGUUGCAAGAAAAUCCAUCAGUUGGAGUGUUUAGACCAAAUUGGGAGGGGCCCUAUCAAUUCAAAUCCACAAUUCGUUUGAGAGUCUAUAAUUUAGCUCGAUUAAAUAGCGAAUCAGCCCCACGAGCUUGGAAUAUUGAACAUCUUCGAUUAUAUUAUCAAUAAGUUUGUGAAGCACUUGGUUUGCCAAAUAAGUUUUUGGUUUAUUUGCAUCUUCAAAUUUAUGUAAGCUCUAACAAAUUAAAGGAAUUUUUAAAUUUCCAAUCAUUGUUGACUAUUUAGUUUUAAAUUUUUCUAAUAAUUAUUUAUCUUUUGCUCGAGCCCAAACAAAAGUAAACAUAGGAUUAAAUAACCUAAUUUAGUUGGGGGCGUAUAGGGUAUAGCUAGAUUAUACCACACCUCGAAAAAUAUUUUGUGUACGGCUUUUUUUAUAAAAAUUCAGUACAUACAAUUUGUUUGAACAAGUCGACGAUCUAUAUAACUAUUGUCGAUUCCAUUAAAAAAUAAUUUCUAUUUCAUUUUGUUGAAAUCUAUAUUUUUUACAUUUCCACACUUAACACAUGGGAAACAUGUAAAAUUUGGGUCUCCCUCAUUUUCCAAAAAUAAUCUUAAGAAGAAAUCGACCUCGUUCUUAUACUCCACAAAUAAUUUAUUUGUUGACAUUUAUUUUCUAUCCAUAUCUUCUCUUUUAAACAAAUUUUUUUUUAAAUAUCACUAAAAAUUGGACAUCACCUCCCCUAUAUUACUAACUUAAUAAUCUAUCAAUAUAUUUAACUAUUCAAUCAAACACAUGUAAGAAGAUCAUUCAUAAUUCUACAUAAAUUCGAGCUGCACUUCCCAUAUAAUAGUAACAUAACCAUCUGUCAAUAGUACAGGUCAAACAAUUCAAACAACACACAAUAAGUUUUCUUCCUUAUAUCACCAUAGCACACAAUCAAAUAUCUCAGAACCUAUACUUCACUAAUACACACAUCUCAACCUUCUGUUAUCACCAAAACACACAAUUUUAAUCUUAAAACCUACUUCACUACGGAUGAAUAUUUAAGAUAUUAAAAAUUCCCUAAAAUUGGUAUAAUAUUAAUAAAACAAUUAAGAGAACAAACCUAUGAGCCUCUUUAAAUUUAGAAAGCAAGUUAAUUAACUUUGCAAUGCUCAAU